GAAUAUACGUUGUUUUUUAUUAAAUUUAAAGUGUCAAUUGAGUUUUAUUGUGCAAAAAACUUUUCUAUAAAUUCAUGAUUUGCUAAAUAAACAUCCAGUUUGCUAAAAUAUUCCUCCUUGGCCCCACUCUUGGUGCUUUCAUUGCAAAUUUGUGGGGAAAAAGUGUGCAAAAGCAUUUGUUUUUCCCAUUUUCAUAUCCUAUUGCUCUCUCUUUUCCCCAUACAUUGAGAUUUUUGACACAAAACAUUUUCCCAUAUAGAGUGCGAAAGAGAAGCGAUUUGACGUUCGCUGAGACUUUUCCGUACGCGAUUUUUGUGUGUGAAUUUUUCUAUAUUAAAAAAUAAUUAAGUUCAUUUUACCCAAACGUUGUGUCAUAGAAGAAAAGUGCGGCAAAAAUGGUGGUUAAGGUGUAUAUAAGUGGAAUGUCGGGAAAUAAGGAGGUGAAGAAACGACAGCAACGCGUCUUGAUGAUCCUCGACAGCAAAAACAUCAAAUAUGAGGUGGUGGACAUUGCGGAGCCAGGCAAGGAAGCCGAAAAGGAGUUUAUGCACGCCAAUUCUUCGAGCACCGGCGCCACGUGCAACGAUCCCACCCCACGACAUCCGCUCCCACCGCAGAUCUACAACGAUACAGAAUACUGCGGGGACUACGACAGCUUCGAUCUGCACAAUGAGGUUGACACACUGGAGCAAUUUCUCAAGGUGGAGCCCGCAGUCUCCACGGCGGAAAUUGAAUUGUCCACGGCGAAGGACAAGAAUGGGCAUGCCGAGGAGAAUAAGGAGAACAGCGAAGAGACCGAAAACAGAGAGAAAGUUGUGGAAAAUGGCGAGAAGACGGAUGAAGAUGCGGAGAAGAAAGAUGGUGAGACGAAGGAGAAUGGAGAAGUUGAAGAAGAGAUUGACGAUAUCUUCGGGAAUGAAGAUGAUGAGCCGAAGAAGAAGCCAAAGAAGGUUGAUGAAGAUGAGGCUGGAAAAGAAGACAAGACAGAAGAAUGUGUAGUCGAUGGAAAAGAAGCUUCUGAAGGUGAAGAUAACAAAGAAACUAAAGAAGCCAAAUCCAGUGAAGAUACUGGAGGAGAGAAGGUCGCUGAAGAUGGGGUUGAGAAUGAAGAAGAUGGCUCAGAAGCUGAAGAAUCUGAUGCUUCUGAAGAUGAAGAGGAAACCAAAGAAACUAAAGAAGCCAAAGAAAAUGAAGAAAACAAAGAAAACGAAGAAACUCAAGAAAAUGAAGAAACCAAAGAUGCAAAACCAAGUGAAGAUGCGUCAGAAGAGAAGGUUGAUGAGAGCACGACUGAAGGCAAAACAACCAAAGAAGCUUUACCAAAGAACGAAGAAAGUAUUGAGAAGAAGGCAGAAGAGAACAAAGAAGCCAAUGAGACUGAAGAUUCCAACGAAGAUGAAGAUGAAGGAUCCGAAGAAUCAGACGAAGAUGCCGAAGCUGAGGAAGAGAAAGUCGAGGAAAUGGUCAAUGAAGAGACACAAGAUGAAACGAAAAGCAAAGACGAUGCAGGAAGUCCGCCCGAUCCGAGUGGACCGGAAGAAGAAGCCCAAGCUCCUGAAGAGACUCAAAACUUAGAUAAGAAUAACGAUGGCACGAAUGAAGAAACAGCAGCAACGGAGGAGAACCCCAAGGAGAAUGGGAGUAUUAAUAAGGAAGAUGGUGAAGAGAACUAAAAUUCCUCAACUGGUGCGCUUAUUUAUUCAAAAGAAAAUGGGACAUCAGGGGAUCCUGAAAUAAAAAAAAUAAUCUAUCGCGUAAAAAAAUACUUCCACAUCAGACAUUUACUUUUCUUCUCUUUCUCUCCACACACAUUCUUGGCUGGAAUUUUCGCAAUAUAUAUUGACACAAUAAUGAAGACACAACGAAAGUGAAAUUCAAAAGAAAACUGACUUAUUGAUAAAAUAAAAAAUAAACUGAGAAAAAAA